AUGGCGAGAUCUCUUGAAGUCAAAGAGCAAGUAAAAGGGAAUGGUGCUACAUGUCUCUCCUCUAGAAAGAGACAAGACGAGGAGAUAUGGAGCUACUACGAGCUAGAGAAAUGUCUUCAAUUUAUUAAAGAUCACAAAACCGUCACACUCCAGUUCCCUGAUGAUAUGCUCCAUGAAUCAGUUCAAGUAUCCUCCAUCCUUCAAAGAGAGAGCAAAAAAGACCUUUUCGUACUCGGGGACACUUCAUACGGGAGCUGCUGUGUUGAUGAGGUGGGGGCGGAACACGUUGGGUCUGAUGGGAUCAUCCACUUUGGAACGUCUUGUUUGACUGA